AUGCCAGCCGUCAGCCUGCUGCCGCUCUUCGGCAGCCCCGCGAGCCCGGGCGCUUUGGGGGGCUCCUUAGGCGGGGGGGCCUUGGGGGGCCCCGGAGGGCGAAAGGGGCCCGGCCCCAGCGGCGCGUUCCGGCUGACGGAAAAGUUCGUGCUGCUGUUGGUCUUCAGCGCCUUCAUCACGCUUUGCUUCGGGGCCAUCUUCUUCCUGCCGGACUCCCCCAAACUGUUCAGCAACGUCUUCUUCCACUCGACCACCCUCCAGCAGCCGCCGCCGCCGGGGCCGGGGCCACCCGCCCAGGGCGAUGCGCACCUCCCGCCGCCGCCGGCGGGUGCGGGGAGUAGCAGCAGUUUCGGGGCCGGCGCGGCGGAGGAAGCGGCGGAGAACUUGGCCAAGAUCCGUGAGGAUCAUGAGCGCGCUUUGCGAGAGGCGAAAGAGACGCUGCAAAAGCUGCCCGACGAGAUCCGCAGGGAGAUCCACCAGGACAAGGUGAAGCUCCUCCUGCAGGACAAGUUGGGCAGGGGAGAGACGGGGGCUCCCGGGUUGCCCGACCUGCCUUUCCGCAAACCUAUCGGGGCCGUAGGAACGGAACCCAGCGAUCCCGCCGUCCAGCAGAAAAGAGAAAAGAUCAGAGAGAUGAUGAAACAUGCCUGGGAUAAUUACAAACAUUAUGCCUGGGGAUUAAAUGAACUGAAACCCAUCUCAAAACAAGGACACUCGAGCAAUUUGUUUGGUAAUAUUCAAGGAGCAACUAUCGUUGAUGCCUUAGAUACACUGUAUAUCAUGGAAAUGAAGGAAGAAUUCAAAGAAGCCAAAGAGUGGGUAGAAAAGAAUCUUAAUUUCAAUGUGAAUGCAGAAAUCUCAGUUUUUGAAGUAAACAUCCGUUUUGUUGGAGGAUUACUUUCAGCAUACUAUCUUUCUGGCGAAGAGAUAUUCCGAAAAAAAGCAGUAGAACUAGGAGAGAAGUUGCUUCCAGCUUUUAAUACCCCCACAGGAAUCCCUUGGGCAUUAUUAAAUAUCAAAAGUGGCAUUGGUCGAAACUGGCCCUGGGCUUCAGGUGGAAGCAGUAUUUUGGCAGAAUUUGGAACACUCCAUUUGGAGUUCAUACAUUUAAGCUACUUAUCUGGAAAUCCGCUGUUUGCUGAAAAGGUUAUGAACAUUCGAAAAGUGUUAAAUAGAUUAGAUAAACCAGAAGGACUUUAUCCUAAUUAUCUAAACCCCAACAGUGGUCAAUGGGGCCAGCAUCAUGUCUCUGUUGGAGGACUUGGGGAUAGUUUUUAUGAAUAUUUGCUGAAAGCAUGGUUGAUGUCUGAUAAGGCAGAUGAAGAAGCCAAGCAAAUGUAUUAUAACGCUGUUCAGUCCAUAGAAACCCAUCUAAUCAGGAAAUCCAGCAACGGUUUAAUGUACAUUGCUGAGUGGAAAGGUGGCCUCCUUGAACACAAAAUGGGUCAUCUUACUUGUUUUGCUGGAGGGAUGUUUGUUCUGGGUGCAGAUGGAGCACCAGCUGAUCAAACUGGACAUCACAUUGAACUUGGAGCUGAAAUUGCCCGCACAUGUCAUGAAUCUUAUGAUCGUACAGGUAUGAAAUUGGGACCAGAAGCUUUCCGAUUUGACGGUGGAGUUGAAGCAAUUGCUACCAGACAGAAUGAAAAAUAUUACAUCUUACGACCUGAAGUUAUAGAAACCUAUAUGUAUAUGUGGCGAUUCACUCAUGAUCCCAAGUACCGGCAGUGGGGUUGGGAAGCUGUAGAGGCAUUGGAAAAAUAUUGCAGAGUAGAUGGUGGCUAUUCUGGCCUGAGGGAUGUUUACAGCAAUCGUAAAAGCCAUGAUGAUGUACAACAGAGUUUCUUCCUUUCAGAAACGCUCAAGUAUUUAUAUUUAUUAUUCUCUGAAGAUGAUAUUCUUCCAUUUGAACAUUGGGUCUUUAAUACAGAGGCACACCCUUUCCCAAUUAUUAAAACAGGAAAAGAGGAAAAAGAAAGCAAAUAAAGCUGUUUUGAAU